UCUAUCUAUCUAUCUAUCUAUCUAUCUAUCUAUCUAAGAAUAAAUAAAGCCAUAUAAUUGUAUAUAAUAUAUAAACAACAGAAUUAUUUUUUCUGUAACUUACUUUAGCCAGCAGUAUUAGUUGCCGUAUAAGGCACAUUAAAAAACAGCUUUUCAUAGUGUUUAUAGAGCAAAUCCUUUACUCAUUAUUGAUGUAUAUAGUGUCAUGCACAGAUUUUUAUUGUAUGAUGGAUUAUGACACAUUUAACUGAACUUUAGCUUUGGUUGAAAAUAACUAAAUGCUAUAGUUUUGUUUAAUGUCAGUUUUUUUUUUCUUCCACCCAAAAACUAGUUUAAGAUCAAAUAUUAAUUGACAGACCCCCUUUUGAAGACCCUAUACAUGUAAACAUUUGAUUUCAUUAAACAUUAUGACCAAUACUAAGCAAGUUAACAGUAAAAAAAAAAAUAAUUCACUUGCAAUCAGGAUAAACAAAGUUUGCAUGGACCACAAUACAUUUUUUGUGGUGUAUCGGCUGCAGAGAGCAUAAACCACCAACAUUCAACAGACACUCAGAAACCCUUGCACUGUGAAGAAAAUGUAAAACUAAAAACUACAUUUUCUUAUUUCAGCUUUAUGAAUUUUUCAUAUUUGUGAACUUUUUUGAUCCACUUCAAAUGUUGACUACUGUAUACAUGGAGAAUUAUAAUAAAUUCCAAAGUUUUUGUUGAGCUACGUGUUGGUUUAUGACUUGAUGAUGUUCAAUGUAAUACCUGGGUCCUGAAGUAAAACAAGUUGAGAACUCGUCAAACUAACAAACAAUAAUAGAGUAGUUUAUAGACCAUUAAAAAGCUUAAUGCAUUGCAAAAAUAUAUAUGUUGGUCAGGUUUAUGCUAAUGGAAUAAAAACUACAGAAUGUGGCCAGUGCAAACCUGCCUUCAACUUCCUCCUAAUGUGGUUAAAAUUCCCCGCUUGUAAGCUCUCGGUUGAAGUUUCAUUGCAAACGCAGCAUGAAAGAAAUCUUGUUUGAACAUUAUGAAGUUCAGUCACCUUCAGCUCUGUGAGUUUACGUACUUUAUUAAUAUAUAUAUAUAUAUAUAUAUAAAGCAUUGGCUAAUGUUUUAAUAAUAAUGUAUCUGUGUGUGUUUUGUUCCACAGAUCUGCUCUUAUGGUGUCAAGCUGCAGAGACUUUAACAGAUCAUUUAACAGAUUUGGGUCAAAAUGUGACUAUAAACUGUGAUCUUGAUGUAACAGAGGUUAUCUGGUUAUUACUGAAACUAGAUUCUCCAGUUCUGAUAUUACGCACAUUCACAUCUACACAUAGUUUUUACUUUAAUAAAACAUUUAAACAGAAAUAUUCAGUACAAAAUAAGCACAAUCUGUUCAUAAAUAACGUCACUAUUGAUGAUUUAGGAGUUUAUUACUGUAUGAAAAUAGAUCCUCCUCAAAAGUACAGCAGUGGCACGAGACUGAAGAUCAUUGAACCAACAGCAGAGAUCCAGAAUCAUACAGCGGUGAAGGAAAUUGAGCAGAAGCAGACUCACUGGCAGAUUAUUAUCCUCAUCAUCUCUGCUCUGUUGAAUGCUCUUCUGAUCAUUCUGAUCACAGGACUAUUAAAGGUAUUUGUUUGUGGAAGCAAGAGAACCAGAGACAACUUGACACAAUCUCAAGAUACAAACCUACAACAGCUUCAGGUUAUGGAUCUUGAACAACAGCAAGCUGCAAGCCAAGUGCAGUAUGCUACGGUGGACUUUCCAAUGGCAUGUCAAAGGUUUCAUUCCAGCCAAGUCAACAGCACCUAUGAUAUUCUACAGUUCCCAAAAUCAAGAACACCCAAGCAUAACCCCAUUUAGUUUGAUUCCUCCUUGCAUU